CAGACGAUCUUCGGUUCCAGCAGCAGGAACAUGGCAGAGUCGGCGGCGAAACGAAGAACUGACAGCGGUGCAACUGAUGAAUUAUCCCUGGAAGUGAAAAGGCCGAAACCUGAGCAUGAAAACGGCCGAGAAGCUAAACAGGAACCUGAACGUGAAAAUGUUCUGUCUGGAUUUAAAACCUCCGCCGUGUUGAGUGACUCUGCCCGAGAGAAAACCAUCUUUAUCCACGGAAAGGUGGCUGAUCAGGAUGCUGUGGUGAUCCUGGAGAAGACUCCCAUCAGACAGGACUCCCUGGCUGAGCUGCUCAGUGGCUCCACGCUCCAGCUGGAGAUGAGAAACGACAUCUACAGCACGUACCGGCUGCAGGCUCCCCCUCACCUCAAUGAGAUUAAGACCACAGUCGUGUGUCCAGCCACAGAGAAACACGUGAAGAAAUACCAGCGUCAGGAGAGCUUCCUGGUGGAGGAGACAGGAGACGACUAUCAGUCCAUCACUCUUCCCUACAUCCAGAAACAGAGCUUCAGCGUGCAGUGGGUUUACAACAUCCUGGAGAAGAAGGCCGAAGCCGAGCGGGUCGUUUAUGAAGAUCCAGAUCCAAAGGUCGGCUUCGUCCUCCUGCCUGAUUUCAAGUGGGACCAGAAGCAGGUAGACGAUUUAUACCUGAUCGCCAUCGUACAUCAGAGGAACAUCAAGAGUCUGAGAGACCUGACGUCGGAGCAUCUACCGCUGCUGCAGAACAUCUUCCAGAAGGGAAAGGAGCAAAUCCUGCAGCGCUACAAGCUCCCAUCCAGUAAGCUGAGGGUCUACCUGCACUACCAGCCCUCCUACUACCACCUGCACGUCCACUUCACCAAGCUGGGCUACGAGGCUCCGGGCUGCGGCGUCGAGCGAGCCCACCUCCUCGCCGACGUCAUCCAGAACCUCCAGUCCGACCCGCGGUACUAUGAAACCCGGACGCUGUACUUCCCCCUGAGGGCAGAUGACGGGCUGCUGAGCAAGUUCAAGGAGGCAGGAAGGCUGUGAUGGACUGUAGGUUUCCAUCCUCUUCUAGAAAGUCCGAUGACGUCGGAGUCCGUCCAUUCUGCAGGAGAGCAGUUUGAUUGUUUUAAUGUCCCAGAACCAAGUUUUGUAUGACGGUGUUUUAAACUUUUAUUGUUCUGUUUUUGAUGGAUGCAUCAUUAGCUCGUGUUUUUCUGAUCAUGACGAGGACAGAACACAGGAGUGGACGAGACAAACCAGUGGUCAUCAUUAUUUUCUGUUUUUAAGACGUUUUUUUCAUGUUUGUCUGAAUUAAAGUCCCUUUUUUCUACUGAA